GGCCUUGGGGAGUUCUUCCCAGCUGGUCCCUCACCCUUCCCUGGACCCUCGCUUCCUCUGUCUCCCCUUCCCCUCCCGUGGCUCGGGGCUCACCAUCCUUCCUCUGGGGGCUCCGCCGGGCCGCCUCCCGGGCCUGUGUGGGGUCUCCGAGUUCCCUCCCAGCUGGGAGCCCCUGGGGGCUGCCCCCUCCCCUCGCUGGGUGCUCGGCAGCAUUUCCAGGUGGCCCCUCGGUCCUCCCGGGCGGGAUGCUCUUUAGACCAGCGUGGCAGGCCCACAUACCAGUGGGCCAGGACGUGGAGAGCUGGGGACAGACUGUGACGUGUGGGGAGCGGCAGGCGCACGGAGCAGGGCCAGUGACCAUCCUGGGGGACGGCUGGGUGUCUGGGAUGUUAUGGGGCCUGUAUCUUUCUGGGGUUUUAUCUGUCACUUUUUAAAACAUUGGCCACAUGUUUUGUUUGACAGAGCGUUAUUUGGGUUGAAUAAAACUCACCUUUGAGCCCUCGGGGACUAGGCUUUGCUUGCUGAGACCCCACCCGGCCCCGCUGGCCCCUUCACGGCCUCACCCCUUGCCCCCUGGUGAGGAUGUGCUCCCCGUUUCCGGGGGUUUUCACGCGGGGCGCCUGAGAAAUAAAGUGUGAGCUCUUCUUCGUGCUGCUUUGGAUGCGCCUUCGUGCGGGCAUCGCGUCCUCGUGCGUUUUGGACGGGGUCAGCCAGCAUUUCGUGCUGUGAGGGGCCAGAGGGGAGGUGUUUCCGGCUGUGUAGGCCUCGUGCCCCUGCAGCGUGGAAGUGAAUGGGCGCGACCAGGUUCCUUACAGAGCAGGCUCUGAGGUCGUGAUCCCGGCGCCAGCGUGUCGCAGUCGUCCAAGAGAGGUUACGAGGGCCUGGGCGGGCUGGGGAUAGAUCGCAAAAGGCACUCGAGCCCCUUCGCCUGAUCUGGUUCUAAGAUCCACUGAGGGGGUGAGGGAAGCUCCUUGGGCUGGCUCCGGGCAGCCGUGGUUACACAGGAGGAAACAGAUUUCAGGGCACAUGGCGCGUGGGGCGCAGAACCCUCCAUCACCCAGCAGGAGGGCGCACGGCCCAUCCUUUCCCGUUUCAUGCUGCCGGGCCUGCCCCUUCCUCCUUUCCCCGUCUUUUAGCCUUUUUAAAAUUAAUUUUACAGUCUGUUUCAUGCUGGAAAUGUCAAACAUCGAUAGUGUGGUGAUUGCACUACCCACUGCCCGGCCUUAGCGAUUCUCCAGCAAUAACAAACGCUCAUCUCAUCUGACGAAGCGUUGCCCAGUGUGUGAAGGUGUCCCCAGCUGUCUCCAAAAUGCAUGUUUGCCUUGAAUGGACAUCCUCAUCAUGGAUGAUGAUGACGUCCCCAGCUGGCCCCCAACCAAGCUGUCCCCGCCCCAGUCGGCGCCCCCGGCUGGUCCCCCGCCCCGGCCGCGGCCGCCCGCCCCCUACAUCUGCAACGAGUGCGGCAAGAGCUUCAGCCACUGGUCCAAGCUGACGCGGCACCAGCGCACGCACACGGGCGAGCGGCCCAACGCCUGCAGCGACUGCGGCAAGACCUUCUCGCAGAGCUCGCACCUGGUGCAGCACCGGCGCAUCCACACGGGCGAGAAGCCCUACGCCUGCUCCGAGUGCGGCAAGCGUUUCAGCUGGAGCUCCAACCUCAUGCAGCACCAGCGCAUCCACACGGGCGAGAAGCCCUACGCCUGCCCCGACUGCGGCCGCAGCUUCACGCAGAGCAAGAGCCUGGCUAAGCACCGGCGCUCGCACAGCGGCCUCAAGCCCUUCGUGUGCCCACGCUGCGGCCGCGGCUUCAGCCAGCCCAAGAGCCUGGCGCGCCACCUGCGGCUGCACCCGGAGCUGUCGGGGCCUGGCGUGGCGGCCAAGGUGCUGGCGGCCAGCGUGCGCCGGGCCAAGGCACCCGAGGAGGCGGCGGCGGCGGACGGCGAGAUCGCCAUCCCGGUGGGCGACGGCGAGGGGAUCAUCGUGGUGGGCGCGCCGGGCGAGGGGGCCGCGGCGGCCGCAGCCAUGGCGGGCACGGGGACCAAGGCGCCGGGACCCCGCUCGCGGCGCGCCCCGGCCCCCAAGCCGUACGUGUGCGUGGAGUGCGGGAAGGGCUUCGGGCACGGGGCCGGGCUCCUGGCCCACCAGCGCGCCCAGCACGGGGACGGGCUCGGGGCGGCGGGGGGCGAGGAGCCCGCGCACAUCUGCGUGGAGUGCGGCGAGGGCUUCGUGCAGGGCGCGGCGCUGCGGAGACACAAGAAGGUCCACGCCGUGGGCGCGCCCUCCGUCUGCAGCCGCUGCGGACAGAGCUACUACCGGGCAGGCGGGGAGGACGACGACGACGACGACGAGGCGGCGGGCGGGCGGUGCAGCGAGUGCCGCGGCGGGGAGGGCCGGUAGGGGCGGGGGCCCGGGGGGGCAGGGCCCCUCGGGCUUGGCGGGGACGACGGCGCAGGACCCAGAGACCCGGGGAGAAACGGACAGAGGGCUGCCCCGGACCGGCGGCGCGCUCUACCCCCUCCCCUCCCGCGGCCCGUGCGGCCCGAGAGGUGCGGCGGGCCUGGGGCGGGACGCUGGCGACGCUCACCGGGCCGCCCGGCCCCUCCCAGCGCCCGGCCCUCGGCCUGGCCUGGCCCUUGUAGGUUCUCGGCCGAGCCCGAAUCAAGACGUUGCGUGAGAACUAGAGAGACCAAGAUACGACAAAACCCACGAGCGAAAGACCAUUUUCCCUCUUUCUCUUCCCCCACCAACGGGGGGUGUUGAGAGGAUGGCGAACAUUGGGACCUUUCCACUCGGAGGGGCCCCAGAGAGGGAAGGGAAAGAGGGGUCCUUUUCCCUUUUAGAGUUUUCUUUAUAAUCAUAUCCCCUUCCUGACCCUGCCUACCUAUUAUUUUCUCUCUCCUCCUUCGCGGGUCCCAUCCUUUCCCCUCGCCCUAGUCCUUCCUCCCCCUCCUGGAUCUGGGGUAGCAGAGAAGUGCUGGAGCGGAACUAGCCCCUGUCCCAGGCGCACCCCGCAGAAAAUGGGUUCCCGUUUCAUCCCAGGCCUGGGCACGGUUGGAGGAGGGGAGCGGGGGGCAAUAAAUCGCACUAUCCAA